AGUCUGGAGACCCAUCCGCGUCUCUCAUGCCCACGGUAAGCCAUGGCGACUGACGACAAAGUUGCCAUUCUGACGGACGACGAAGAGGAGCAGAAGAGGAAAUACGUCCUCGCCGAUCCUUUCAAUGGGAUCUCCAAGGAGCAAGACCCCCAAGCCCAGAGCGACACGCAGUCGACCGAGACCACCACCACCACCAUUCCCGACGAGGAGCUGGACUGGCUCGAAAAGCACUGCGUCAAAGUGAACAAUGACCUCCUGGUCUCGAAAGUGUUUUAUUUUUUCUUCUACGCCGCGUACGGCUCGCUCUACCCGUUGCUGCCUGUGUAUUACAAACAACUGGGCAUGACGCCCAGCCAGAGCGGACUCCUGGUGGGCAUCAGGUACUUCAUCGAGUUCUGCAGCGCCCCCUUCUGGGGAGUGGUGGCAGACCGCUUUAAGAAAGGGAAGGUGGUCCUCCUCUUCUCCCUCUUGUGUUGGGUGUUGUUUAAUUUGGGGAUUGGGUUUGUGAAACCGGCCACCUUAAGGUGCUCGCCAAAGUUCCCGCCACCAGCGCACCCGACAAACGCCAGCCACCUCUUGACGACAGCCCCACAAAACCUCUCGGUCACUUCUCCGGUGACUGGGGCUGGGGCCACGUUACCAAAGAGCAAACAGAAAAGAGACCUGCCCCCUUCUGGCCUGCCACCCACGGACUCCACGUUACCUGCAAUUUCGGAAGCCACGUUCCACCUGACUACUCACAGUGGCGAUUGGAAGCCGUCUUUACAAGACGAAGGGAGUGCCGUUACUGACAACGCUACAAAGCCUGACUCGGCGAAUGCCAUGGUUACCCUGGGACCUUUCAGAAAUACGACCGCUGCUUCAACGUCGCCCGCGGUCACCACAAAGGCAGUGUCUCCUGUUCCGGUCUCUCUCGUCUACGAUCAUCGGGAGGUGGAGGCUAUCUUUCUGCUCAUCCUCUUGGUGGUCAUCAUCGGCGAAUUUUUCAGCGCCUCGUCAGUUACCAUCGUAGACACGGUGACCCUGCAGUACCUCGGCAAACACCGGGACCGCUACGGGUUGCAGCGCAUGUGGGGCUCUCUGGGCUGGGGGCUGGCCAUGCUGUCCGUGGGGAUUGGGAUCGACUCGACCCGUAUCGAGGUCUUGGUGGAAGGUCAAGGCUGCAAGGCCCCGGAGUACAAGAAUUACAGGAUCGUUUUCAUCGUCUUCGGGGUGCUGAUGACUCUUUCGCUGAUUGUGGCCACCCAGUUCCGGUUUCACUACAACCACUACAAGCAAGAGGACGACCAAAGCAAUGAGGCGGAGGGCUCCCAGGGGGACAGAAACCCUUCCAUGGACUCGUCCCACGAGACCCCCAGCGACACGAGUCAGUCGCAGUCCUUUAGCUUCUGGGAUCUGAUCAAGAUGCUCUGCAGCAUCCAGUACGGCUCGGUGCUCUUUGUGGCUUGGUUUAUGGGCUUUGGGUACGGCUUUGUGUUCACCUUUCUCUACUGGCACCUGGAGGACCUGAAUGGGACCACCACCCUGUUUGGCGUCUGCUCCGUCCUGAGCCACGUGUCUGAACUGACCGCCUAUUUCUUCAGCCACAAACUGAUUGAACUUAUCGGCCACAUCAGGUAA